AUGGCUAUGAAAGUUGACGAUAUGGAGGACGUCAAGCCAACCGGCUUGACCAUGGCCAACGGCGCGUCCGAUGCGCCCGCCGAUUCGUCAAGCCUACACGCCCGCCCUACUGUCGCCGACUUGCACGGGGAGAACCAUUUCGCGCAGGUGGCGAGGAAGAACUGGCUGUCCGCCAAGAAGACACCCAAAGUGCGACCCGAAGUGGUCAAGAAAGAGCUGUGGGACGAGCUGGAGAAUGUCGACUUUGCGUAUUCGUCACUCUUGAUUCUGGAGAACCUGCAGCUUCUGGAGAGAUAUCUGUGGCCUGGCUUUACUGAUGAAGCGUCCAACUUUCAUGUCCUGCUGGUGGCGCUCAUGGUCAAUGUCAAGAGGAGGGAGAAUCUGACGUGCUGGGACCACUUUGCUAGCAAGCCCGCCGAGUUCUCCUCCUUUUUCCGCCGCAUACUGUCCAUGACCGUAGACCCGUCGCAGCCAAGCAAGAUCCGGACACAGCUCAUAUCCUUUGUCAUCGGCGCCUUCCAGUCCUUGGACAGCGGUCUUGUGCGAAAAGAGUGCGCCCCUCUCGUUGGCAUAUCGAUAUGGCAAAACCUCCACUCCGACGCCGUGCGCGAACAGUAUUUCGAGGAACACAGCAUGUUGCGCAAGGCAUGGAGAGCUGCGUCCAAGCGGUUCGAUGCUGGCGAUGAAGCGCUACAGGCCAGGCUCCGAUUCGAGCGGUCAUGGAUAUAUACACUUUUGCUCGACUUCAUCGACCGGCUGUACAACACCACCAGCAGGGACGAGGCUAGGGAUAACAUGACCUACUGCGAGCGCUUCAUGGAGCUUCUAGUAGACCUGCAGAGCCAGCUACCAACAAGGAGAUAUGUCAAUACGCUGCUUCACGACUUGAAUAUGCUGCCAGCUAUUCGAUUGUCGCCCAUGUACACAGACGAGGACAAUGGCCUUUUCCGGGACCUGUUCGACUUGCUGUGCCACUUUACCAACUUCCCCAUCGAGGACCAAACAGGGAGGCAACUGUCCAAGCUAGAGUACGACCAACAGCAUUACGAUACUCUGGCAAAGUUGCAACGGACGGGUUAUGCUGCCUUCCAGGAGAAGCUUCAGCUAAUGGCCCUGGCAAACUACAGUAGCAUUGGGAAUCGGGAGGAGCUGGACGGCCAUCUGCGCACACUGAGCGAUAGUGAGCUCGUCGAGCUUUGCUCUCUCAUGGGCCUACGGACAGAAUACUCCACUACCACUUACCUGGUGCGGGAUCGAGCUUUCCACAUGGAGACCCUGAUUGCGCUUGUCGAGCAGCGCCCUACCUUCAAGGACAACGUUCGCGACAUGCCAGUAUUGCCAACUGAGAAGGUUCUCUACGAAACCACAUUCCUGCGAAACGAGUCUUACGACGGAUCUAGACCGCUCGCUAUACCUAAGCUGAACCUCCAGUACCUGACCAUGGGCGACUUUUUGUGGCGAUCCUUCAUCCUGUACCGCGCGGAAUCAUUCUAUGGUAUCCGAAAGGACAUGGAGGACGUAGUCAAACGCGUAAAGCCCAAGGGCAGAGGCGUCAACACCAAGUUUGGCGGUGUGUCCAAAAUGUCACUGCCCAUAAUGAAGCCCGCCAUCGUCGAUGUUGCACCGUCCAAGGUCGGCGAGGAGCACCCCGCAUACGUUCGUGCUGAGAUUAUACUGGAUGUUAGCCGCCUUCAAUACCCAGUACGAAGGGACUGGGAACAGCUCAGGCCAGAUGAUGUCGUCUUCCUGCUUGCUGUCGAGGGUAAAGAUGACGUACCCAUGCGCAACGGUCACCGCGAGGACGUCACUACUGGGGAGCAGCUCGGCCUGCACCGGAUGAGAUGCGCCCAGGUGGUUCACGUUCUGGAUGACAAAGGACGGCCUCUACGCGAAUCAGCCCGCGACAAUGGUUUUGGACCUCGUGUACGCCAACGACGACUCCUCGUCAACAUCGACGCCAAGCAAUACAAGACCGACAUGGACCAGGCUGCCGAAGGAAGACCUAACGUUUACGAACACAUCAACCUCAUCGUCCGCCGGAAAGGACGGGAGAACAACUUCCUGCCUAUCCUGGAGUCUAUCAGGCGCCUGACGCUCUCGGACAUCCCGGCACCAUCUUGGCUCCAAGAGGUGUUUUUAGGAUAUGGUGAUCCUGCAUCAGCGACCUACAAGCGCCUUCCGAAUCGACUGAACAAGAUAGAUUUCCGCGACACCUUCCUGGACUGGCAGCACCUAAUCGAGUCCAUGCCCGGCAAAUCCAUCGAACCCCACGAGGAAGCACAGACAUCCUUUGGGCCUCCAUACGUCGUGGAAUACGCUGCUGCAUCCGAACCAAAACUCGCACCCCCUAAAGCGUCCAAAAAGCGGCGUCGCAAUCAGGUUGAGGUAGCACAACCUCUGCAUGAAUCGCUUCAUGUAUCCUCGUACAAACCACCGAACAUGGGGCCUUACCCCGCUGAUGCACCGAAGACGAAUGCGGUCAGGUUCACGCCGAAACAAAUUGAAGCCAUCACUUCGGGAACGCAGCCUGGUCUUACGGUCGUGCUCGGACCACCUGGUACCGGCAAGACGGACGUUGCGACCCAGAUUAUAUCCAAUAUAUAUCACAAUUUUCCGGACCAGCGGACUUUGCUCGUUGCGCAUAGCAAUCAGGCGCUGAACCAGCUGUUCCAGAAAAUUGUGGCGCUGGACAUUGAUGAAAGACAUUUGUUGCGGCUGGGUCAUGGCGAAGAGGACUUGGAAACUGAUGUGAGCUACAGCAAGCACGGACGUGUGGAGUCGUUUCUCGAGAGGGGACAAUACUACCUCUCUGAAGUUGAUCGCCUAGCGAAGAAUUUUGGUGCGCCUGGUGCGCAUAGCAGCUCAUGCGAAACAGCAGACUACUUCAACCUUGUGUAUGUGAAGCCAGCGUGGACGCAAUACUGGGACGCCGUCUCUUCCGAGGACGUGAGCGUCGAGCAGAUUGUCACCGAGUUUCCAUUCAAAGACUACUUCUCCAACGCACCACAACCUCUUUUCCCCCAGGCUGCAGACCGCGAAGAGAUUCUUGAGAUUGCACAGGGAUGUUACCGCCACAUCGAGAAGGUCUUUGCCGAGCUGGAAGACAUCCGUCCGUUUGAGAUUUUGCGAAACCCACGCGAUAAAGCAAACUACCUGCUCAUAAAAGAGGCUCGCAUCAUCGCCAUGACAUCAACCCACGCCGCGAUGCGCCGACAGGAGAUUGCCAAGUUGGGUUUCCACUACGACAACGUCAUCAUGGAAGAAGCUGCUCAGAUUACCGAGAUAGAAAACUUCAUCCCGCUCGCGUUGCAAAACCCGCGGGAGCAGGAGGACGGUGAGAGAGAGUUGCCGCUUCAGCGCAUUGUCCUUGUGGGUGAUCACUUGCAGAACAGCCCGGUGAUACAGAACCUCGCUUUCCGACAGUACGCAAAUCUUGAACAGAGUUUGUUCCAAAGACUGGUUAGACUGGGUGUGCCGACUAUCAUGCUCGACCAGCAAGGUCGUGCCCGUCCCUCUAUUGCCGAACUGUACAAGUGGCGAUACCCCGCCCUCUCCAACCUGCCUUCUCUCCUUUCAAACCCAGAGUUCCAAACAGCGAAUCCCGGGUUCAAGCACGAAUUCCAAUUCAUCGACGUGGGCGACUACAAGGGCAAAGGGGAAGACCAGCCGACGCCGCACUGGAUGAUUAAUCUGGGCGAGGCCGAGUAUGCCGUUGCGCUGUUUAUGUAUAUGCGUUUACUUGGGUAUCCUGCACAUAAGAUCAGCAUUCUCACCACGUAUGCUGGUCAGAGGUCGUUGAUCAACGAUGUUUUGGGACACAAGUGCAAAAACAACCCGCUCUUUGGGCGACCGAAGCAUGUUAGUACCGUGGAUAAGUAUCAGGGUGAACAGAACGAUUAUAUCAUUUUGUCACUUGUACGAACGCGCGCCAUUGGCUACUUGAGAGACAUCCGACGCCUCACCGUCGCCUUGUCGCGCGCAAGACUCGGUCUGUACGUCCUCGGUCGUCGCUCCGUCUUUGAAAGCGUUUUCGAACUCAAACCGGCGUUUGACGUCUUACUCCAGCGCCCGGAUAAACUCACCUUGGUCACGGACGAGAUGUUUGGUGAGACGAGGCGGUCGGUAGAACAAGGAGAAGGAGAAGAAGAGGUGCAGGGGGCUGUCAUGGAAGAUGUAGAGCAUCUGGGCAAGUAUGUGUAUGAGAUGACAAAGGCAAAGGUGGAGGCUAUCAAGGCGAAUGGCGGGCAGAUGCCGAGUAGGGAGAUUACUAUGGGGGAGGCGGGGGUGAAUGGCGGCGUCAAGGGUGAGGACGACGACGAUGAGGAUGAUGAUAGGCCGGAGAAUGUGUUGGUUCCUGAAGAAGUACCCGAGGACUUUGAGGACGACAAUGAUGAUGACCAAGUCGUGGUUUGA